AUGGCUUCAGCUUGCAGUAGAAUUGCUCAAAGAGCGUCAAUUUCAUCCAUCAAAUCAGCUAUCAAAUCGAACAUCCGUUCAUCUUCUAUCCCCAAACCAACAUCCACCACUUCUUCUCCUCUUCGCAGAUCCUUUUCAUCCAGGAUUGCACCGGAACUCGGAUGCGUGCAGUCGAUGUUACCGCUUCACAGCGCGGUUGCGGUGUCUAGAAUGAUGUCACGCCUCAGCAUAACUUCGAGGAACUGUCAGUCGCUUUCUCAGGGUACACUCUGCUGCACCUCUCCCGGCCUCUAA